ACCAGAAUGUGUUAUGACGUCAGCAGAAAACCAAGAUGGCGGUCUCCAGUCAGCUUUUGAUGUGUGCUGGUUCUUGGGGGAAAGAAGAAAAAAACAAAUGAAAAUCACAUACAAAGUAUUUUAGGAGAAGAAGCGUGGCAUUGAAGGAGCCUGUUCUGCUUAAACGAAGAAACGCUCUCUUGACGCAUCCACUUCUAUAUUUGUCAACAUGAUUCUUUCUCGUGUGAAACCAGCCGUGGGAGGAGAGGCAGCAAGCAUCAGUGACAAGAAGAAGAAAAAUAAAACCAAAGUUCCAAGUUUGGAGGAAUAUCUGCAGCAGAGAGACUAUCUAGGUGCCUUGACCCUCUUGGAGUUCCAGAGAAGUAUUGGCGAACAAGAGGAGAACACAGACCUAUGGAUUGGCUUCUGCGCCUUUCACUUGGGGGACUACAAGAGAGCGAUGGAGGAGUACAAGACCAUGACCAUGAAGCCUGACUGUCCUCCUGAUGUCUGGGUCUAUUUGGGCUGUGCCAUGUUUUUUCUGGGGCUCUAUAAAGAGGCGGAGGAGGCAGCCUUGAAGGGUCCAAAGUCUGCCCUCAAAAACCGACUUCUCUUCCAUCUGGCUUACAAGUUCAAUGAUGAGAAGAAGCUGAUGGACUUCCACCAGAACCUGGAGGAUGUGACGGAAGACCAGCUGAGCUUGGCCUCCAUCCACUACAUGCGCUCACACUACCAGGAAGCAAUUGAGAUCUAUAAACGCCUCCUCCUGCAGAACAUAGACUUCCUGGCAAUGAAGGUGUAUGUGGCUCUGUGUUACUACAAGCUGGGCUACUACGACGUCUCCCAGGAAGUGUUGGCGGCCUACCUCCAGAACAUCCCUGACUCCACCAUCGCUCUCAACCUCAAAGCCUGCAACCAUUUUAGUCUCUACAACGGCAAAGCAGCUGAGGCUGAGCUGAAGAACCUAAUCGAUAUCUCCUCCUGCUCCUUUGAGUUUGCUAAGGAGCUUAUCCGACACAACCUGGUGGUGUUUCGUGGCGGUGAGGGGGCCUUACAGGUGCUACCUCCACUGAUUGACGUUAUCCCAGAGGCGAGACUCAACCUGGUUAUCUACUACCUGAGACAAGAUGAUGUCCAGGAAGCUUAUAACCUCAUACAAGAUUUAGUGCCUGCUACACCUCAGGAGUACAUUUUGAAAGGGGUGGUAAAUGCAGCGCUCGGGCAACAACUUGGAACGAGGGAUUACUUAAAAGUUGCUCAGCAGUUCUUUCAGUUGGUCGGAGGUUCGGCCAGCGAGUGUGAUACUCUUCCAGGCAGACAGUGCAUGGCUUCCUGCUUCUUCCUCUUGAGAGAGUUUAAAGAUGUUCUCGUAUAUCUCAACUCAGUCAAGGGUUACUUCUAUAACGAUGAUACAUUUAAUUUCAACUAUGCUCAGGCAAAGGCAGCCCUUGGCAACUACAAAGAAGCAGAAGAGGGUUUUCUGCUGAUUCAAAGUGACAAGAUCAAGAGUGAUUAUGUGUACCUCAGCUGGUUGGCACGCUGCUACAUCAUGAACCAGAAGGGUCGUCUUGCCUGGGAGCUCUAUCUGAAGAUGGGCACCUCCUCUGACUCCUUCAGUCUGCUUCAACUCAUCGCCAAUGACUGCUACAAGAUGGGCCAGUUCUACUAUGCAGCCAAAGCAUUUGAUGCACUGGAGAAGCUGGACCCAGGAUCCAACUACUGGGAGGGAAAGAGAGGUGCAUGUGUUGGCAUCUUUCAGCUCAUUUUAGCCAACAAAGAGUCAAAGGAGAUUCUUAAGGAGGUGGUGCUCCUGCUGCGAAAUUCUGGAAACCCGCAGGUGGAAUACAUCAUUAGAGCCAUGAGGAAAUGGGCCAAAGACAACAGAGUCUUUCUCUCAUAACCAACUGGAUAAACAUAAAUAUUGCAUAUAUACAGUACUGUACAGCAGAUGUACAUAAUAUUUACUUUACACCGGAAAUACUAUGUUUAUGUUCUAUAUGUUUUUAUAAAUAUAUUCAUAUGCAUUUGAAAUACUGUCAUUGAUUGCAUUCUUUUUUAAUGUAGUCUCAGACUGGCUUUACAAAUAUAAAAACUAAAACUAACAAUUGUUUAAAGCAGCUCUUGUAUCACAGUGCAUGAUCUGUGAUGUAGAAUUUAUGCCUAUGAUGGGAAAUGAUGCAAGUCAGAAAUAUUGUAUGAAAUAAAAAAUGAUUGUAGCCUUUUAAAACAUGCUC